AUGAUUUCGUCCGUGCUUUUAGGCCUCUUAGGUGCAGCUGGAGUGGUUAGCGCUAGAAAUGGGACAAAUAGAACAAAUUUGUAUGAGGGCCGUCCGCUGGCGCAUCUGACGCCACCCGAGGGUUGGAUGAACGAUCCUAAUGGGCUGUGGUACGAUGCAAAGGAAGAUCUUUACCAUGCCUACUUCCAGUAUAACCCGAACGGCACUGUCUGGGACCUCCCAUUGUACUGGGGACACAGUGUGUCGUCAGACUUGACUAACUGGCUUUAUCAAGGGAUUGCGAUCGAGCCAGAGAGGGACGACAGCGGUGCUUAUUCUGGUAGUGCUGUGAUUGAUACCAACAACACGUCUGGUCUGUUCAAUGACUCAGUGGAUCCAAGGCAAAGAGUUGUCGCUAUUUGGACUUACAACACGCCGGACAAAGAAUCUCAGUAUUUGAGUUACUCCGUCGAUGGCGGCUACUCUUUCAUUCCUUACGAGAACAACCCUGUCUUGGAUAUCAAUUCGACUCAAUUCAGAGACCCUAAGGUUAUCUGGCAUGAGGAGAGUAAGAAGUGGAUCAUGACAGUCGCGCACUCACAGAAGUACGAGAUCUUGAUUUACUCGUCCCCUAACUUGAAAGACUGGAAAUUGGAAAGUUCCUUUGGUGACCAAGGUUACUUGGGUUACCAAUAUGAAUGUCCUGGCUUAGCCAGAGUGCCACUCGUCCAAAGCGGUAAUGGUCUAACUUUGUCGAACUUGACCUAUCCAAACACUACCUUCUACAACAGCUCCUACUUUAACUCAACCUCUAACGGCAAGGCCAAAGAAGCUUGGGUUUUGUUCAUUUCUAUCAAUCCUGGUGCUCCACAGGGUGGUUCUGCGACCCAAUACUUCAUUGGUGAUUUCAACGGUACUCAUUUCGUUCCUUUCACCCACCAAACAAGGUUCAUUGACAUGGGUAAGGACUACUACGCUCUGCAAACUUUUUUCAAUUCCAAGCACGAAGGUGAUGUUCUCAGUAUUGCCUGGGCCUCCAAUUGGCAAUAUGGGUCACUUGUUCCAACCGAGAAAUGGAGAUCCUCGAUGUCCCUUGUGAGAAACCUAACCUUGAAGGAAUGGGCACCAAACCCAGAAUCCGUUCAACUAAACUUGAACAGCGAGCCUAUCUUGGAUAUGAAACCUUUGAAUGCUAAGAACGCUUCCACAGAAGUCACCGAUUUCCUCUUAACCACGAACAACAGUCUGAGCGCCAAUUUCGCACCAAGGAUCAACACUGGCAUUUAUGACUUUGAAAUUGUCUGGUCUGUUAACGAGAAUGCAUUCAACAACUCCAGAUUGAACGAAUGGAUUCUUUAUAUUGAUUCUCAAGACUAUUACUCCGAGUACUUGGCGCUAGGAUAUGACACCACCGCUGGCGCUUUCUAUCUCGACAGAGGUAAUUCAUACAACGACUUUGUCACUUUAAAUCCUUUCUUCAACAACAGACAGUCUGUCUUUUUGGAGCCUUACUCCACCUCAAGCAAUGGCACCAAUACCUACAAGGUUUACGGAGUAAUUGAUCAGAACAUCAUCGAGUUGUACUUCAAUGACGGUUCAGUCGUCAGCACCAACCUCUUCUUCUUCUCGGACCAAAACCAGAUUAGAGGUUUCGAAACCUGGACCAAUGUCAACGGUGGAUUCAAGUUCGACAGCUUCAAGUUCCACGUUUUAGAUUUCUAG